GUUCCGAUCUAAGAGAAGAGCUCUAUCAUGUCUGGACGCGGGAAGCAGGGAGGCAAAGCUCGGGCUAAGGCAAAGUCUCGCUCUUCGCGGGCCGGCCUGCAGUUCCCGGUCGGCCGUGUGCACCGUCUGCUUCGGAAAGGCAACUACGCCGAGAGAGUCGGCGCCGGAGCUCCAGUUUACAUGGCUGCCGUGCUCGAAUAUCUGACCGCUGAGAUCCUGGAGUUGGCGGGCAACGCGGCCAGAGACAACAAAAAGACGCGCAUCAUCCCUCGUCACCUGCAGCUCGCCAUUCGCAAUGACGAGGAGUUGAACAAACUCCUGGGCAAAGUGACCAUCGCGCAGGGCGGAGUCUUGCCCAACAUCCAGGCUGUGCUGCUGCCCAAGAAGACCGAAAGCCACAAGGCGAAAAAUAAGUAAAGGCUCAAAGCUUUUCUAGCACAGCCUGAAAAAACCAAACGGCUCUUUUAAGAGCCACCCACGGUGUCAAAAGAGGAGCUGCGAUUCUGGUUUGCUAAAAUCGAGCAAGUAGAAAUGAGCAAGAUAUUUAGUGCGUUUUUAUACA